AUGCAUUUUCCAGGUAAACGCCUGUUGCACAAAGUUAUUACGGAGGGAAAUUUUAAUGAAGUGCUGAAGGUUCUGGACAAGGGAGUCGACAUUGAAGCGAGGGACGCUGAAGGCCAAACUCCUCUCCACGUGGCUGCAAGGCUCGGCCACGAGCGCAUUGUCGACGUCCUUCUUAUCAAAGGCGCGAAAGCUGAAGCACGUGACACUUGGGGCCAAUGGACUGCUCUGCAUCAUGCCGUUUGGGGAGGUGGAACUGGAGCUGUUAAGCGUUUGCUGGACCAUUCCGUUGACAAAGAUGCACAGGACAAGGAAGGUCAAACGCCUCUCCAUCUCGGUGCAAUGCUUGGACGUAUCGUGGAAGUCAUUAUGCUGCUGGAAUCUGGAGCCAAUCACGAUGCACGGGAUCAGAAAUUCUUUACCCCGCUGCACUGCGCAGCAGCAUUCGGCACAGUCGAGCUCGCACAAGUAUUGCUGCAAAGAGGAGCUGACAAAACUGCCAAAACAAAGGAUGGGAAGACACCAUUACAAAUAGCCGAGUCCAAUAAGCGCCAUGACGUCGUCCAGAUGUUUCAUCGUUAUGGAUCAAAGCGCUCAAGUCAGGUAAAUGCUGCUUCUAUACAAGGAACUAUCAGCCAAGUGGAGAUAAUGAAACGAGCUGAGAAUUCUGUCGGCAAAGCAUAUGAUGAGAUUGCUGUCCGAGAAGCAUCAGGCAGGAUUGAAAAGCUCGAAUUAUUUCUACAAGAAGCACAAAAGAAGGCUGUAGCUGAAGAAAAGAGGAGACUUGAAGCUGAGGCGAAGUUUGUCACCGAGUCUAACAAGCGGAAGGAGGCCGAAGCGAGAGCCUUGGAUGAGGAGAAAAAACGGAAGGACGCAGAGGCACGGAAGAGGGUUCUCGAAAAGCAAAUGGCUGACGCUAUGUACACAGCAAGUGAAGGGGAACAGCUGAGACAAGAGAUGGAAACUCAGCUUGAUUCUGAGAGGUCUCUCCGGAUCAAUGCCGAGAAGAAAGCUAUUGAACAUCAACGAAGGCUGGAACUGGUGGAGUGCCAGCUGCAUGAGGCUGCACAUUUGAGACGCGUGGCAGAAGUCAAGGCGAAGGAGGAAGAAGCGAAGCGGCAGAAGCUUGAGGCAGCAUUCAACGAGGUUGAGAAAACGCAUAAGGAGUAUAAUGUGAAAGUGAAGGCUGAUCAGGAGGUUUUGAAGGGCAUGACCUUGAAGCUUGAAGAUUCAGAAAACAAGAGGCUGGAGCUGGAGCAAAAGUUGAAAGAGGAAGCUGAAAGGUGCCGCAAGAUGGAAGCGUUUAAUCGCCAAGAACUGAAGCUCAGAAAGGAGGAGGAAAAAAUGCGAAGGGAGUUUCAGGCCAAGCUUCAGGAGGAAGGAAAGAAGCGGUCUCUGGCAGAGCUUAGAAGUGGAGAUGAAGCAAAGAAACGAGCUCGAGCUGAGAUUAAGGCUCUGGCGGAAGAGGGGAAGGUGCAUGAGCUGGAGGCAAAGCUAGGUGAAAUGUUGGCCAGGAACAAGGAGCUGGAGAAGAAACUUGCUAAUGUUGGUACGGUGUUUGGAGAGCAGAUUUCGGAGAAAUUUCAGCAGAGGAAGGAUGCUGAAGCGACUGUGACAGUGAAGGAGGGUGAGGAAGAAAACCUGAAAGCAGAUUCCUUGAGUUCUGAUGUCAAUGGUGCUGCAGUGGCUGAAGAGCUGUUGUCCCAGGAGACUGGAGUGAGCUCUCAACACGAAGAACUGCUGAGGCUGAGGGAGUUGGUGAAGGUGCAGGAGCGCCAGCUUGAUGAGUCCAAGGAAGUGAUCAAGACGCUUAUGUCUGCAGCUGAGAUGGGAAGUUCAGUCAGGACAUCUCGAGCUUCAAAUGACCCUAUCUCCCACGCAAGAUUGUCUGCAGCAGAACCUCCUGCUGGAUCCACAAGUGAAGCUGAUGAGGAGGAGGAAGGUGCAAAGGAGCCAGAGAUUCAACAGCAGCAUUUCAAAUCGGAUGUUGAGGUCUUGAGGUCUGAGAACGCAUCUCUUCAGUCUGCACUACAGAAUCUUUCUGCAAAGAUCCUUGAACACUCUGAUUGCAAGAGCAUGAUUGAAGAUCUCCAGGCUGAGCGGAAGAAUCUGAAAGAUCAGCUGGCCCACGAACAGAAAUUGCGAGAAGAGCUGAACAUUGAAGUCAAAGAAGCUAGACGGAAAAAAGAAGAGGCAGAGAUAAAGGCUGCAGCUAUGAAGGAGUGUCUUGCAAAAGUUGAAGUCAGCGGACAUCCUUCCAAUGCAUCUUCAAAGGAUAGUCCCAGCAAAGGACCAACAAUGCUGGAGAAGCUGAAGAUGCGGACACCAAGGAUGUUUGAGAUUCCACACAAGUGA